AUGGUUCGUGUGGGCUUUUCAAAAUCGUUUAUUUCAGGUAUCAAUCGUCCUCGGCAUCAUCUUCACAGAACUGCCCAGCCCCCUACUCCAAACAUUGGCCCGAAUGUUGCCAGAUGGAUUCAGCGAUCCCCAGACGACCAUCUUAAGCAACUAAUCGAUUCUGUAAAGUCAUCCAAUGCUGCAUCCGUCAAAUAA